AUGAUGCAAUGUGUUAUCCGAUAUACGGCAAGUACUAUAGCAGUAAGCAACGUGGCUCGUAUCAAUGAUCGCCGUGAUUCUCCUCUUGGUCCAGAGUAUCGUGCGUUGUGGGUCAACCGUCUGCUUGUGAAUCGACGCUAUUAUCAGCGCACGUGGGAGCCUCGUCAGCAGUUGCUGGACGAUGAUUUCGCUGAGGAGUUGGACCUCGUGGAUCGCUGGAAGGCUUCCGAUUGUGCUGAUGAGCUUGCUGGGCGACCGGACAUCGUGACGCAAGAUGAUAUUGAUACAUUCGCUGCUGAUGAACUCCGAGAGCGUGUAGUGGACCUCACACGGGGUACUUCGUGGAAGAUAGUCCUUCGGUUCCUGCGUCGACUUAGGGAUGCUGGACGUGAUUUUAUCUUUAAGGCCAUCGACAAAGACAGCUUCACCAUAGCUGGACGCCGUGGAUCACGUAUACUGGAGGAAUUGCCUCUUCAGACCGGACUUUACUUCGUUGUUGCGUACAACCACAGCCACGUUGGACACGCGUUCGUGCUCAAAAUUCAAGGGAAGAAGGGCAAGAUCCGGCAGAUUUUCGACUUGGAGGAUCCUAAACCAGUGUCGUCGGCGAUGGAUUGGAUCACUUUCGUGGCCUGCAUUCGUCCUUUCAUUGUCUUCAAGAAGAAGUAG